AUGGCUGAACCUGGCUGUGAGACCUCUUCUGAGGAAAGCCUACGCACCAAGGAGCCCACAGCAGCAGACUCGAUGAGCCCAAAGCAGAAGCAGCCCAGGCGCGGAGGCCGCCGCCGUGGCCGUGGGCGUGGCCGCGGUUGCCGCCGCCUUGUCUGCCGCCGCCAUCGCCGCCCCGACAGUUUCGCCACCUACUUCCUCAGGGUUCUGAAGCAGGUUCACCAGGGCCUGAGCCCCUUGCAGGAGGCCGUGAGCGUCAUGGAUUCGUUCGUCAAGGACAUCUUCGAACACAUCGCCGACGAGGCCUCUCACUUGGCCCACUCCACCAAGUGCUCCACCAUCACCACCAGGGAUAUCCAGACAGCUGUGUGCCUGCUGCUGCCCGGGGAGAUUGGCAAGCACACCGUGUCCGAGGUUAUCAAGGCCGUCAUUAGGUACUACAGACGCAAAGGAGCUGCCUCUGGACCGCCUGACCACCUCUCAAACCAAAGGCUCUUUUCAGAGCCACCUCACUUGGCACAAGAGACCUGUAACUCUCCAGACACCCGCCUACUCUAG